CUAUCUAUGGUGCGUAAAGCACGUACGCUGACACGACGUGAUGACGUAGCGUGUCUGUAGGUCGACGCUGGUUAACUUGAGUUGUUUGGGCUGAGAGGAGAGAGGUUUCAGUUGAUGUUGCUUCUCCUGGGCCGCAGGGUUCCGCUGUCACUCUACAGACUCACUACCGGCUGUCCUGCAUCCUCACUGCCGAGCUCCGUUCUGAUCAGCUCUGCACUAAUAAAACUCACAGCGAUAACAAGAGUUACACACAGCACCGUCUUCGUUAGCGGCCAAAAUACAGGAACCAUGCCCGAAAGGAGGCCCUUCGUGCGGUUACCAGCUGACGUUUACCCCGUCAACUAUGGCUUGUGUCUGAAGCCGGACCUGAUCGACUUCACCUUUGAAGGGAAACUGGAGGCGGUGGUGGAGGUUACACAAGCCACAAAUCAGAUAGUGAUGAACUGCGCUGACAUCGACAUCAUUACAGCUUCCUUUGCACCGCAGGGAGGAGAAGAAAUUAACGCAACCGGAUUCAACUAUCAAAAUGAGGAUGAGAAAGUCACCCUGUCAUUCCCUUGCGCUUUACAGAAAGGCGCCGGCACGUUGAAGGUAGACUUUGUCGGGGAGCUGAACGACAAAAUGAAGGGAUUCUAUAGAAGUAAAUAUUCAAACCCUGCUGGAGAGAGCCGCUACGCUGCCGUCACACAGUUUGAGAAUGUCACUGAGCGAAAUCCAUAUCCAGAGGAUGAGAACCUGGUGGAAGUGAAGUUUGCCACCACGCCCAUCAUGUCCACGUACCUUGUAGCUUUUGUCAUCGGUGAAUAUGAUUUUGUGGAGGCCCAGUCAUCGGACGGCAUCACGGUACGCGUCUACACGCCUGUCGGGAAGUCAGAACAAGGGAAGUUUGCGCUGGAGGUUGCUAUUAAGACCUUACCUUUCUACAAUAACUACUUCAAUGUUCCUUAUCCACUGCCUAAAAUCGAUCUAAUAGCUAUUGCUGAUUUUGCUGCUGGUGCCAUGGAGAACUGGGGCCUCGUGACCUACAGGGAGACGGCUCUGCUGAUCGACCCCAAGAACUCCUGCUCGUCCUCCAGGCAGUGGGUGGCGCUGGUGGUCGGACACGAGCUCGCUCACCAGUGGUUCGGAAACUUGGUCACCAUGACAAACUACCCUCAGACCGUCUUACGCUGGGAGCUGAAAAUCAUCCCUGAGGAAGAUCGAAGAACGACGAUGCAGCAUUGCUCGCUGACAGGCCUAGUGUUCCCAUCUGAUCCUGCUGAGACCUCGCUGGAUCCUCAACGACUUUUUCAGGGUACCACCAAGGGGAACUCUUGUUUUUGA